GUGCGUUCUGAGUACUCUCAUUUUUUCUUUUUUUUACUCUCCAUUGUAUUUUUAUGUUUUAAAAAAGAUUUUUUAUCAGAUUGAAACUUCUCACGGAUCAAUCCGGUAUGUGCGAUUCUUAACAUGUCACAAAUUCACAACAGUCCAAUGCAAUAUCGCAGUCUAGACAGUGGCGGGUUUAGAGUAAAGCCCAACCUUUCUUCAAAAACAACCUACCAAAAACACACAAAAAUUGAAAUUUCCCGGUUUCUAUGCAAAAACUUCUCAUUUCUGAUAAAUCGAUAUCAAUGGCGUCUUCAUCUUCACCAUCACCAUCACCAUCACCAUCACCAUCACCAUCACCAUCACCAUCACCAUCUUCGUCAACAGAAAACUUGCUGAAAACCCUAACUAACAGAGGUUGGUGUUUCAAUGACCUCAACCUUGAUCAAGUCCGAGCAAUCAUCGCCGUUCAUUCCGCCAUCAAAGGUGAUUCUUUCUCCGUCAAUUCCUUGGAAUCCGAGCUCUGUAACGUUGAUUUGCGCUCCAUUGGCGGAAAAUCAUUACCUGAUUCUUCUCUCCUACGCAAGGCGUCUCAGUUUCUUCAAUCUCCUAAAGUUCUUCAGAUAGCUUCAGUGAAGGAUAUAAGUAGGAGCAGUGAAGUGCUUGGUUAUAAGGGUUCGAGCGACCGGAGGCUUCUGAAGUUGAUUUUGAGUGAUGGACAAUCUGAAGUUACUGCUGUGGAGUAUUCUCCUAUUCCGGCAUUGUCCGAAAACGCUGUCCCUGGAACCAAGGUCCGUUUAGAAAAGAAAGUGGUGGUACACUAUGGUAUCGCGUGCCUUACUCCGGAUGUGAUUACUGUACUCGGAGGAGUUGUGGAAUCAUUGUAUGAAGAGUGGCAGAUGAACCAGAAGUAUUCAGGUUUUGCCCGCUCCUCUCUGAGGCUAGGUCGAGAAGGUGAUGCUGGUGGUCCCCCUCCAUUUGAGAAAUUGCAGAUUGGAGGGCCUAAACUUGGUUUUGCUCGUACUGCGGCAUCAGCUUCCAGGAACACCAGAGUUACUGUUGCCAAGUCUUCCAGAGAAACCGAUGUCCGGCAGGUGGAUCAAAAGCAAGCCCCUAAUGCUAUAGCUGAUGACGCAGAUGCUAAUCUGAAAACUGGUUCAAUUUCCCAGAGAGAUGAAGAAAAGCCAACAAGCUCUGAUACUAGACCAAAAGAAGUGACGGAGUACAUCCCUAUUCAGAAUCAAGCAGCUGCACAAAAACUCCUGCAAAAAAUGAAUAAUCCAAACCAUGGCAAUGAAAGACAUAGAGGUUCAAGGUACAAGGGAAGGGGUUAUGAAGAAGAGAAACAGGUUUUCACUCUAGAAGAGUGGGAAAGGAGAAAAGCUGAGAGAAAUCCAGCAGCUAGGAAAGAACCACUUGAUCUCAGUCAUGACGAGGCUCUUGCUCGGCAACUUCAAAACCAGUUUAAUUUAGAAGAUCAGGAGCAGCGGGGUCCUCAGAGAAGCAAGGCAGAAGAUAUCAGGUUGAGCAUGUUCAGUUUUGAAAAAGACGACAGUGGAGAUCAAGGAAUGUCUGGUUCAAGAGGGAGGGGAAGAGGGAGAGGAGGGGGAAGGGGUAGGGGUAGAGGAAGGGGUAGGGGAAGAGGGAGAGGAAGAGGUUGAUGAUGCUGUCUCUCCCUGGCCUUUUGUUUUUCUUCCUGUUUUAGUUUAUACUCCUUACAGCAACUCUUAUAAAGUCUUUCUUUGAGUUCUUUUCUGGUUUAACCUUAAAAAGGUUGUAACUAUCCUGGGGUGCAAUCUACAGCCAAGAACUAUGUAACCCUUUUAAUCAUUAGUUUUUUUUUUU